GGCGUGAUGUUCACAGCAGGGGCGGAGAGUCUGCUCCGCCAGGCCAGGGAAAUUCAGAAUGAGGAGCUGAGCAAGUUCUGCUCCCGGGUUACGAAGCUGCUGCAGAAGGACCCAGGGGCCGAGGCUGUCGAUGCCUUGCGGAGGCUUUUCCUCAUCAUCUCAGCCACGAAGUAUGGCAGGAAGCUGGAGAAGCCCUGCGUGGACCUGCUGCAGACCACCCUCUGCUCGCCCACGUGCCCCCAGCAGCUCCAGCUCCUCUGUGCUGCCAUCCUGCGGGAGAUGGCCCCAUCCGAGGGCCUGGCACUGGCCUGUGAGCACACCCAGAGCGGCCGCGCACUCAGCCUGACAGCCUCUGUCCUUCUGGCCCAGGGCGACAGGCGGGAUGAGGUCCGCAGUGUGGGACGGCGUGCCCUGCAGCUCCUGGAGGCCCGGCAGCCCGAGGGGCCCCUCCUACCCAUGCUGUCGAAGGUGGUCAGCCUUGCACCAGGUGCCCUGCCUAAAGCCCAGGCGGACCUGCUGCACAGGAGGCUGGUGGACUGGCUGCGCUACGCCAGCGUACAGCAGGGGGCGGCACAGCCCUCCGGAGGCUUCUUCCCUGCUCCCCGAGCAAGGCAGCCCGGGCCAGUCACUGAGGUGGACGGGGCAGUGGCCACCGACUUCUUCACGGUGCUGUCCACGGGCCAGCACUUCACGGAGGACCAGCGGCGGAAUGUGCAGGCGUUCUCCAUGCUUCGCGGCUGGCUGCUGCUCAGCGGCCCGGCCGGCACAGGUGCUGCCGACACAGAUGACAGGUCAGAGCUGGAGGGCUCCACCCUGUCGGUGCUGUCAGCCGCCAGCGCCAGCGCCAGCCGCCUGCUGCCCCCUGAGCAGCAGCUGCGGGCGGGGGCCUUUGAGUACUGCCAGCGAAUCUUGGAGCAGAGCACCCGCCGGGCCCUGCGCAGAGGGGACGCUGAUCUGCAGAAGGCCUGCCUGGUGGAGGCCGUGCUGUUGCUGGAUGUGCUGUGUCGCCAGGACCCAUCCUCCCUGUACCGGGCCCUGUCCUGCCUCAAGGCCCUACUUGGGCGCCUGUGUGGGGACCCGGCCCAGGCCCGGGCCUUGCUUCCCAUCGCCCGCUUCCUGCUGGGCCAUGGGGAGGCGGCCGCCGUGGACUCAGAGGCCGUCUGCAGACACGUCUUCAGCCUCCCGGCCGAGCUCUUCCCCAACCCCAUGCUGGCCUUCGAGUUCACCCAGUUCUGCAGGGACAGCCUGCACCUCCUCAACACACAGCCGGACGUCUUCAAGCUGAGCUUCCCGAACCUCUUCAAGCUCCUGGCCUGGCACAGCCCUGCCCUCUCCGCGGAGUUCGCGGUGUUGCUGCCAGCACUGACAGACACCAGCACCGCCGCGGAGAUGUUCCACGCCCUGCUGGACCUGCCGUGUCUGACGGCGGCCCUGGACCUACAGCUCAGGUCCUUGCCUGCGAUGUCAGAGCAGCCACUCUGGGACAUCUCUGUGCGGCCCACCAGCUGCCUGGAGGCCUUCCGGGACCCUCAAUUCCAGGGUCUCUUCCAGUAUCUGCUUCGCACCAAGGCGGGCGGCACCAUAGAGAGGCUGGCAUCACUCCACCGCCUGUUACAGCCCAUGGCUAGCUGUGCCCGUGUGGUCCAAUGUGCCGAGGCCGUGCCCACCCUGCUCCAAGUGUUCUUCACGGCGGUGACUCAGGUGGCCGACGGGGCCCUGAGCACCCAGCUGGCGCUGGCCAUCCUGGAGAGGAGCAGCUCCCUGUUCCAGGUGCCACAGUACGAGGCCCGUGUACACAGGGUGAUGCGCUCGCAGCUUCUGGCGCUGUGCCAGCUGCGCCCAGCCCUGGUGGUGGAGCUGGCCAGAGACCUGCUGGACUUCGUGGGGAGCGUGGGCGGCACACGCAGCCAGGAGAGCAUGUUCACGGCCGUGGUGUGGGCAGUCGGCGAGUACCUGGCAGUGUCGUACGACAGACGGUGCACCGUGGAGCAGGUCAACAGGUUCUUUGAAGCCCUGGAGGCCCUGCUCUUUGAGGUCACCCAGUCCCGCCGCUCUGCUGCCCUUCCCCCGUGUCCACCACAAGUCAUCACCGUGCUCAUGACCACACUGACCAAGCUGGCCUCUCGCAGCCAGGAUCUGAUCCCCAGGGUCUCUCUGCUGCUGUCCAAGUUGAGGGGCCUGCCCCGAGCUCCAACCAUGGGCUCUGUGCCCGGGAACGAAGACCCAGAUGCCAUCCACACGAGGGCCACGGAGCUGACCAACCUGCUCAAGAUGCCCAGCGUGGCGCAGUUUGUGUUCACGCCCGGGACGGAGGCCUCCUCCCCGCAGUCCCCCCGCAGCACCCGCACCAGCUUGCCUGCCGCCCUGCGCACGGUCAGCCGGCUGGUGGACAGGGAGGCCAGCCCUGGCGCGAGGCCGGACGUGGUUGCUUCCUGA